AUGAACAAAAUCAACAAGCCGGUUGCCGAGUGGUGCUGCGAGGAGGUGCAGUCGUGGUUAGUAGAAAACGGCUUUGCGGAAUAUGGUGAUUUAUUGGCGUGCCACCAUAAAGUCGAUGGCCGAGUUUUACUGAGUCUUACCGAAGAAGACCUACGCAAUCCUCCAAUAUCUUUGCCACUUCUGGGCGACAUAAAGCGAAUGAUUCUCGCCAUUGAUCGCUUGAAGCCUGACAAAGGAAAAUACGAUGGCAGCGGCAGCUACUACGAUCUGCAACAUGUUUGCUACCAGCAUGGAUCCGGUCAUGAACUAUCGUCGAAAACUCUGCCUCCGUCAACUUCUUCAGAGAGACCUCGAUUAACUAUUCCGUUAUUGUUUUGUAUGAUUAUGCUCUUUCAUUCUAUUUUAUGCUUCUUAAGCUUGAUGUACCACUCGGAAGUUCACCACAACCUGAUCAUCUCGCGCAUCGAAGCCGACGAUACACAGUCACGUUGGAACUGCAUCCUAAAAACAGUCGUCGCAGGUUUCCAUUUCUUGUGUUCGAUAUUUUUGACUUCUUACGUCAUGGUGAUUGUUCAUGACAGAGUACCUGAUUCAAAAACCUACCCGCCUUUGCCCGACCUUUUGCUCGACAACAUACCUCACAUACCUUGGGCCUUCGACCUCUGCGAACUUCUUGCUUGUCUGCUUGGCUUGAUAUGGUGCACAAUUUUGGUAUUUCACAAACACAGGCUGAUACUGCUCCGACGUUUCUUUUCACUGACCGGCACCGUUUUCAUCCUGCGAUGCAUCACCAUGCUGAUUACGUCUCUUUCGGUACCCGGCGCUCAUCUGAAAUGUACCGCACGGAAGAGCGAGGAUAGCUACACACGGUUAAAAAACGCUUUGCACAUAUGGUAUGGAAUGGGAAUGUCACUUUUCGGUGUGAGAUCGUGUGGCGACUACAUGUUCAGUGGCCAUACGACUGUCAUGACGCUUCUGAAUCAUUUCAUUACCGAAUAUACGCCAGAUACAUGGAACUAUCUUCACACAACUUCAUGGGUCAUCAACUUAUUCGCUGUGUUCUUCAUCCUGGCUGGUCAUGAGCACUACAGCAUAGACGUGUUCGUCGCCUUUUACAUCAGCUCUCGCUUAUUCCUCUACUAUCAUUCGAUGGCGUACCACGUGAAAUCGGUAACGGCCGCUGACACGCGGACCCGGAUCUGGUUCCCGUUGUUCUGGUUCUUGGAAAGCGGCAGUCAGUGUGGUCGCAUCCCGAAUGAGUACGAGUGGCCGCUUCCAUCGUUCGCCAGCAUCUGCGAGCUAUUUGACGGGUCGUACUUUAUCAAGCGGUCAAAAUCCGAGCUGGAAUUUAUACAGUCCAAGUACCGGAUACAGUUCGACAGGGUGCAUGAGUUUCUCUUUCAUGACCAUCACUGCUUCACUGAAAGUGCCCCUAUGAAAUCGAAACACAAAGCGAAAAUUAAACGAUGA